AUGUCGAUGGAAACAAAUUUUGUCCAACCAUCAAUUCCAAAGUUUGAUGAAUAUUAUGAUCAUUGGUCCAUGCUGAUGGAAAUUUUUUUACGAUUGAAAGAAUACUGGACUUUAAUGGAACAAGAAGUGCCUGUAAAAACAGAAGGAGCAUCCCUAACAGACGCUCAGAUGAAGACCAUUGAUGAUCAGCGACUGAAGGAUCUGAAAGCUAAGAACUAUUUGUUCCAAGCUAUAGAUCGAUCUCUCCUGGAAACUAUUCUCAAGAAAGACACAGCUAAGGAUAUAUGGGACUCAUUAAAGCAAAAGUAUCAAGGCAAGGCUAGAGUUAAGCGUGCACAGUUACAAGCGCUUCGAAAGGAAUGGGAAAUGUUACAGAUGAAGGCUGGUGAAUCUGUAAAUGAGUAUUUUGCUCGAACAUUGACAAUAACCAACAAGAAACGAAUUCAUGGUGAGAAGAUGGAUGAUGUUGCUGUCAUUGAAAAGAUUUUGAGAUCCAUGACAUCGAAAUUCGACUAUGUUGUCUGUGCUAUUGAGGAGUCAAAUGAUGUGGAAACCAUGUCCAUAGAUGAAUUAUAA